AAUGUCAAUGAUAAAGCUAAAAAGAAAAACAAAAUAAAAGAAGUUAAAAGAAAAAAUAAAUAAAAAUCUCAAGUCCAUGUAGCGCACGAGUUGCCUUAGGACUGGAACUGAGUAGUAUUCUAGCUUUUGCAACUUUCGAGAUAUGGAGCAGUUGCAUCUCCAUUAAAGGAGACUUGAGAGUAGCUUUGAUCAGUAAACAAAGGCAACAGAAGAAAAAGGAAAAAGAAAUCUUACCAAUAGAAGCAAUAUUGAAGCAGGUCGAAGAAUGGCUUCUCAAGAAGGCAGUAAGCAGGAUGAGGAGAUUUUUGUUAGAGGAGAAUCACCCCAUUUCUAUAAGAUCAUUCUUGAAAAAACCAUCCGUGAAGGAAAAUUUGGGAUUCCUAAGAAAUUUGUGAAAAAAUUUGGGAGUUUUUUGCCAAGUCCAAUAAUCCUUAAGGUUCCUUCUGGCAAGUCAUGGGAAGUAGAGUUGUUAAAGAUUGAAGAUGAAAUUUGGGUGGAAAAGGGUUGGCAAGAAUUUGCACAGUAUCAUUCUCUGAAAUAUGGGCACUUUGUAUUGUUUAAAUAUGACGGUGAUUGCCAGUUCAAUGUGUUGAUUUUUGAUAUGAGUGCCGUGGAGAUCGAUUAUCCAGGCUCUGGAGUACCUUCAAUGGAUCCAAAUCAUGGUCGAGAUUCUCGACAGCCCAUGAUUCGAGCAAAUGAAGAGGAAGAUGCCAGUUCUUGUCAAAUCUUGGAAGAUUUAACUAGUAAUUGCUGCACAUCUAGAGAAAUGUUGGAUAAGAAGGGCAUCAGUAGGCAGGCUAAAAAGCCUUCAAGUUUUAGUACUUGUCAAGCUCCUGAUUCUGCCAACAACUUCAUCUCAUCAAAUUAUCCAUCCUUCAGGGCCGUUUUCCGACACGAAAAUAUUUUGAGCGUACCUUUCAGCUUUGUUCAAAGCCAUAUGGAGUGUGAAACACACACUGUGAUGCUUAAAGUUGCAAAUAAAACUUGGCCUGUAAAGCUAAAUGUGUAUUCUCGUAAGCACACAGCAAUUUUUUCUGCUGGAUGGAGUGCAUUUGCAAAGCAAAACUCUCUGAAAGUUGGAAGUGCUUACAACUUUGAGCUGAUCAAGAGGGAUGAGAUGACCGUAUCCAAAUUUACCACGUGCAAGCUAGGCUAAAGGGUUUGUAUUAUCCACAUCUAGGAAGAAAUAUGUAACAGACAUAUGUAUUCUGAGUCUGCUAUCAGCUUGUCCUCCUCCAUGAGUUAUGUAGUGCAAUUCUGAGGUCUGAAUCAGAAAGUUUUAACUUUGUACUAUUCUGGUUUUGUAUUCCUUGAUCCUCGGUCACGCUUCAUCGUACUACGCGACUCCAUCAUCUGUCCACUUACUAAUACAUGGCCAUACACAACACUUGAGAACCUAUUGGAAUUUUAACGGAGUUCUUUUGCUGUUAGGAA